AUGGCCUCACCUCCUCGCAGCUUCCCGGAGUUGCCGGGCUCCUCCGUAGCUCCGGAUCUUGCAGGUGGAGUGAGACGAGGAGAGGUCCAGGUCCUCCUCUUAUCUCCAGAAGCUCUGGUUGGAUCGGAACCAGGAUCUGGGUUCCUCCCUGGUCUCCCCAACUUGCCACCCGUGGCUUUCGCUUGCAUCGACGAAGCCCACUGCCUCUCCGAGUGGUCCCACAACUUCAGGCCUUCCUACCUCCGGAUCUGCAAGGUUCUUCGGGAUCGCUUCGGCGUCCGCUGCUUCUUGGGGCUGACGGCCACGGCCACCUUGGCCACCACCAGGGAUGUGGCCAAACAUUUGGGGAUCUCCCAGGAGGAGGAGGAAGAAGGGAAAAUCCCUCGUUUCACCCCUGUUCCUCCCAACCUUCUCCUCUCCGUCUCCCUCGACCGCUAUCGGGAUGAGGCUCUCAUCUCCUUACUCCAAGGGGAACGUUUUGGUUCCUUGGAUUCCAUCAUCGUCUACUGCACCCGCCGCGAGGAGACGACGCGCCUCGCCGCCCUCAUCCGAACCUCCCUCCAAGGGAUCCCACCCCCCCAGACCACCCCAGGCCCAAAAGAGAACAAACCCAAGGGCAAAAAGCCCCCUCUCCAGUUGGUCGCCGACGCUUACCACGCCGGUUUGUCCCCUUCCCAACGCCGUGGUGUUCAGAAGAACUUCAUGAGGGGUCACCUCCGUGUGGUGGUGGCCACGGUGGCUUUUGGGAUGGGAUUGGACAAACCCAACGUCCGGGGAGUCAUCCAUUACAACAUGCCCAAAAACUUUGAGACUUAUGUCCAAGAAAUCGGCCGGGCCGGGCGAGACGGAGAACCCGCUCGGUGUCACCUCUUCCUAGACCCAGAGGGUGAAGAUCUCCACGAGCUUCGGCGUCACAUUUACGGCGACACCGUGGAUUUCUUCACCAUCAAGAAGUUGGUGCAGAUGGUUUUCAAGCCCUGUAGAUGUUUGGAGCUGCACCAGAAACACCAGGAGCUUGUCAAGGACACAGAGGUGGAAGACUCCGAAAUGGCCAAACUCUUGGAAGAAGAAGAAGAAGAAGAAAAGGAGGAGGAGAAGGAAGAUUCCAGAACCUCCCAACCAAGUGUCCAACGUGUGUGCUACAAGCACGAAGGCACCAUCCCCAUCCAACCAACUGUGGAGAGCUUGGAUCUCCGAGAAGAAGGGAUUGAAACCCUCCUGUGCUACCUGGAGCUCCACCCACGACGUUGGUUGGAGUUGUUGCCUCCCACCUACUCCACCUGCAAGAUCCGGAGCUACGGAGGAGCCCGGCAACUCCGGGAAGCUGCGAGGAGCUCUCCUCCUAUCGCUGUCUUCCUGGCCCGGGAACGUUUGGUGGGACGAGAUCAUGGCCAGAGCAGUUCCUUGGAGUUCAACGUGGUCUCCUUGAGUGAUUCCAUGGGGUGGGAGGUGCCUUUGGUCAAACGUUCCUUGCGUCAACUCCAGUGGGAUCCGCGGCUCUGCAGAGGUGGGAAGAGCGGGAUCCUGGUGGAAUUUGAGGAUUUGUCCUUCCACUUCCGUGCCUACGGUGACCUCACGGGCCAGGAACUGGAUUACCUCUGCGACUUCCUCCAUGGAAAAGUGGUGGCCAGGGAGAAGAUGGCUCUUGGGCAACUCCAGGCCUGCUUCCGGGCGUUCCAGAGCGUGGCGUUCCAGACCUGUGACCUUCAUCCUGAGGAAGAGGAAGAGGAGAGGAGCUCCCGGUUGAAGGCUCUACUCCAAGAUUACUUCGAGAAGGAACCACGUGAGGAGGAGGAGGAGGAAGAGGAUGAAGAGGAAGCUCCUGGAGAUACCACACAGCCACCAGAGCAGGAGACCCAAAUCCGCGCCGACAUCCGCCGCUUCCUGGCUCUCCGCCCCGAGGAGAACUUCUCCGGCCGCGCCGUCGCCAGGAUCUUCCACGGCAUUGGGAGCCCCCGGUUUCCCGCCCAGGUCUUCGGGCGCGACCGCCGCUUCUGGAGGAAACAUCUCCACUUCGACUUCCACCGCCUCAUCCGCUUGGCCACCCAGGAGAUCCUGGCCACCAGGUGA